AUGUCUGCUGACCCCACACUGGAGCCUACACUCCCCGCAGAAGAGCAAGAUAUAGAGGAGGUUGACGAUGGGGAGGAGAGCGAUGAGUAUGAGGUCGAGGGCGAAGAAGAAGAUCAAGGCAACUCGCUCUACCCCGAUCGAGGCGAAGAAGAAGAGGAAGAGGAUGAUGGAGAGGAAGGAGGUGCCACAUCAAGGAGCAAACCAAGUUUGACAGCACUACUGGUUGGGGAGAAGGCCCAUAUCAUUCUUCCAGAAUGGCACAUCAGCUUUAGCUUGCUGCUGCUUGAUGAAGACGCCGAGGACGAUGACGAGUAUUACGAGGAAGACGAAGAUGAGCCCCCUACUUCUGCUGGCGGCUUAAAACGUUCGGUGGAUGAAAUCAGUGAAGGAGAUGAUGAAGAGGACGAAGAGGAAGAUGACGGAACUGCGAAGAGGGCACGGGUUGGGUGA